CAUAUUACUCGCCCAAAUACUACACCAAGAUAUUCUUACAAGAAUAUAAUUGCGUAAAGAAAUCCUAUCACAUCUGAUCUGAGUGGUUGCUCCAUACGGCUCAACAGUCACAAUUAAGUAAAAACAAGAAGUAAAAGCUGCUUAGUACUUACAACCCAUUUGAGUCAGACUGCACAAGUUAUGGCCACAUACUUGUUCUCCACCAUCACUACAUUAUUUGAGACUGAUCUCCUCCAUAACAAAUAAGAUCCACUUCCAUUUCUUUCCUCCACUUAUCUUCAGAGCAGAAGAUGAUUAUGUUAUGUCGCAGAUAAGCUGAAGGGUAUGGAAAUGCUUUCAGAACUAAGCUCCAGAUGAUUAUUUUGAGAUAAGUUGGAAGAGAUUUUUCUACAAAUUAAGAUGGAAAUGCAUUCAGAACUGAGCUCUGGGGAAGGAGAUGAGAAGUUGAGGCAUGAAUAUAAGCAUAAGCAGUCAUCACUUAACCUUCGACGUCUCUCCAAGCUCAUGCUUCCUCCCCUUGGUGUUGCUGGCUACAAUCAAAGCUUCACAGGAACUCGAUGCAAAAAUAUUAUUUCACCGUUGGAUUCAAGAUACAGGUGCUGGGAGACAUUUAUGGUGAUAUUAGUAGCUUACUCUGCAUGGGUUUACCCAUUUGAGGUUGCAUUUAUGGAAGCCACACCAAAGGGGGGUCUUUGCAUUGUUGAUAACAUUAUGGAUCUCUUCUUCGCUGUGGACAUAGUUCUGACAUUCUUUGUGGCUUACAUCGACUCGAGAACGCAGAUACUUGUUUGUGAUUCUAGGAAGAUUGCUAUCAGGUAUCUAUCCUCCUGGUUCAUCAUGGAUGUGGCAUCAACAAUCCCUUUUGAAGGUUUAGGUUAUCUGUUCACUGGAAAAGUCAAGUCAGGGAUCUCUUACAGUGUUCUGGGCAUGCUAAGACUUUGGCGUUUGAGGAAGAUAAAGCAGUUCUUCACAAGACUUGAGAAGGACAUCAGAUUCAGCUACUUCUGGAUAAGAUGUACAAGACUCAUUUGUGUUACUCUAUUCUUAGUGCAUUGUGCUGGCUGUCUCUACUACUUGUUGGCAGACCGAUAUCCACAUAAAGGGAGGACAUGGAUUGGUGCAGUCAUGCCAAAUUUUCAAGAAGCAAACUUGUGGAUUCGCUACAUAUCUGCUCUUUACUGGUCUAUUACUACCAUGACCACUGUUGGUUAUGGUGACCUUCAUGCUGUGAAUCUAACAGAAAUGAUCUUCAACAUAUUCUACAUGCUUUUCAACCUAGGCCUCACUGCAUACUUGAUUGGGAACAUGACUAAUUUAGUUGUAGAAGGAACCCGACGAACAAUGGAAUUUAGGAAUGGUAUCCAAGCUGCUUCUAAUUUUGUAAGUCGGAACCAUCUACCACCCAGAUUGAAACAACAAAUAUUGGCCUAUAUGUGCCUCAAGUUCAAAGCAGAAAGCUUAAACCAACAACAUUUGCUAGACCAACUGCCCAAGUCAAUACGCAAAAGCAUAUGCGAGCUACUUUUCUUGCCGACUGUAAAGGAUGUUUACCUAUUUAAGGGAGUUACAAGGGAAAUGCUCCUUCUUCUGGUCGCACAAAUGAAAGUAGAGUAUAUUCCACCCAAAGAUGAUGUGAUCAUGCAAAGUGAAGCACCAGAUGACAUUUACAUUAUAGUUUCAGGAGAAAUUGAGAUCAUACACUCUGAGGAAGAGAGAGAGCAAAUCUUGGGAACGUUAACCACAGGAGAUAUAUUUGGGGAAGCAAGUGCUCUCACUAACAGACCUCAAAGCUUUACUUUCCGUUCUAAAACUUUAUGCCAGUUAUUGAGGUUGAAGAGGAGCACACUCAAAGAAGCUAUGAAAGCAAAACAAGAAGAUAGCUUGGCUAUAAUUAAGAACAUUUUGAAGCAUCAAAUUGAAUAUAAAAAUAUCAGCUUUGAGGAUUUAAUAGGAGAAAAUGGUGAAUGUGAUGAAGCUACAAUACGUUGCAAUUUGCUAACUGUUACUGCUACUGGAAAUAGCUAUUUCCUUGAGGAGCUCCUGAAAGCUGGAAUGGAUCCGGAUACCAGCGACUCAAGAGGAAGAACACCACUGCACAUAGCAGUGAUGGAAGGAUAUGAAGAUUGUGUUUCAGUACUACUCAAGCAUGGGUGUAACGUAAACAUACAAGACAAGGAUGGAAAUACAGCCUUAUGGCUAGCCAUUACCACAAAGCAUAAGGGAAUUUUCAACCUCUUGUAUCAUUUUGCAUGCACGUCCAAUCCCAAUGCUGGAGGUGAACUCCUUUAUCUUGCAGCAAAAAGAAAUGAUCUUGCCACAAUCAAGGAACUUUUGAAACAGGGCUUAAAUAUAGAUUCAACUAACCAUGAAGGGCUAACAGCCUUGGAAGUUGCCUUGGCUGAAAAACAUGUAGAUUUAGCGAAAUAUUUGAUUAUGAAUGGAGCAAACAUAGAAACUGUAAAUGUUCAUGGAAGAGAAACAAUGCCCAAGAGUGAGCUAGAAGAAAUGGUAAUGAAGAGAGAACUUGGCUACCCAAUAACAAUAUUUGAAGAACCUGAGGGGUUCAAGGAAAAAAUAGCUUAUCGGAAUGACAGUGAAAGAGUAAAAUGGAGGGAGAUAAGUGUAAUUUGUCCCAGGGUCAGUGUGUAUAGAGGCCAUCCGCUACAUAGGAAUCCAUCCUCAGAAGCAGGAAAGCUAAUAAGUUUGCCAAGCACUAUGGAGCAACUCAAGCAUAUCAUUGGUGAGAAGUUUGGAAUCGUGGCCAAGAAUACUAUCAUAACUAAUGAUGAAGGAGCAGAAAUAGACUCAAUUGAAGUAAUUCGAGACAGCGACAGGUUAUUCAUAGUUCAGGAUGAAGAUUUCAUCAAAAUAGAUGGGUAGGAGUUAUGAUAGAUAUUUCCCUUCGAAUUUUCUAUCCUCUUAAGAUUCGCUGGUAGUACUGGAAGUUAAUAUGCCCAUUUUAAACUGUAAGAAAGAACAUAGCCAUGGUCACCUUCUAAAGGAAAUAUUGGGAAAAAUUA